AUGGAAGUCCCACAAAGAGACUCCCAUUUCGCCACAACCCUCACCUCGCUUAAUUUCUGCAACAUAACCCUCACAUACACACAUCCCGGACAAAACGACACAAUCAAUGUGAAGAUAUUCCUCCCAACCCCAGAAAAUUGGAACGGACGAUUCAUCGGAACAGGAGGCAGCGCCUUCGCAACCGGUGGAUUUGACUACUCGCUCACGGUUCCAGUAUCGCAGGGUUAUGCAGCAGCGGGCACAGAUGGCGGACAUCAUAGUGAUGACAUCGGUAUUGGAACACCUGAAUUUCCGAUAGAGAGUUGGGCGCUUCUUCCUUCGGGAAAUCUAAAUCUUUAUCUUCUUCAGGAUUUUGCUUCGGUGUCUCUAAAUGAAAUGACGAUUAUUGGAAAGGAGAUAGCGACUUCGUACUAUGGGGAGAAACCGGAAUAUGCAUAUUGGAAUGGAUGUUCGACGGGUGGAAGACAGGGCAUGAUGAUGGCACAGCGGUAUCCGGAGGGAUAUAAUGGGAUUUUGGCUGCAGCGCCAGCUAUUAAUUGGGUGAAGUUUGUCGUGGCGGAUUAUUGGGCUCAAUUUGUUAUGAAUACGCUAGGUGUAUAUUCUAGUCCGUGCGAAUUCGACGGUAUUACGAAUGCUGCAAUAGAGGCCUGCGAUGAGAUCGAUGGAGUUGUAGAUGGCAUCGUGAGCAUGCCUGGUCUGUGCAAAUUCCAAGCAAAGGAAACGAUAGGAAAGGAAUUCACAUGUCCGGAUGGAAGUUCUGUGACGAUCUCCGAAGCAGCAACAAAAGUCGCUCAAGCCGCUUGGGAUGGACCCAGAACCUCGGAAGGAAAAUUCCUCUGGUAUGGACUCAACCCUUCUAGUGACCUCAGUGCCCUCGCCGGCACUACCUGCACGGACGGCAAUUUAAAUUGUAUAGGAAGCCCCUUCCCAAUACCCGUGAAUUGGAUAAAACUAUUCAUUGAAAAGAACGCUACGUUCCCCCUCCAAACAAUCACACAUAAACAAUUUGACCGGAUAUUCCACGCCUCCGUCCAACAAUUUACAUCAAUAAUUGGGACUUCCGACGCGGACCUCUCUCAAUUUCGAGAUGCUGGCGGGAAAAUUAUUUCGUGGCAUGGAUUAGAUGAUCAAGUUAUUUUUCCGAAUGGGACGUCCAGUUACUAUGAGAAAGUACAGGAAUUGGAUGAGAACAUUCGGGAUUAUUAUAGGUAUUUUGAGGCGCCAGGUGUAGGGCAUUGUUUGGGUGGUAAUGGACCGUUUCCAUUUGAGGCAUUUGAUGCGUUGGUUAGUUGGGUUGAGAAGGGAGAGGCGCCGGAAAUUUUGAAAGCGAGGAGUUUACCUGGUGUGAAUGGGACGGUGAUUGAGAGGAAUUUGUGUUUGUAUCCUUUGGUUGCGAAGUAUGUUGGGGGUGAUCCAAUAGUGGCGAGUUCUUUUGAGUGUAGAUAG